AUGGGCCUGAUCAGGACACCGCUGGACAACGAGAUCACCAAGGCCUUUGCCUUCCCAAAUACGUGCACCAUCGGCAUGUUAGGCUCGCACUAUAUCCUCCGCCUGUCAGCGAUCUCGUACGCGCUUGCACAGGACUUGGUGACGAGCAAGAGCUCCAAGUUGGGAAUAAGGACUAUCCAAGCAGAGCUCCUCGUAUUGGCGUUCCAGGUGUCACACCAGUCGGUAUCCGUCCACCAGCACAGCAUGGCGAGGAUGGAGAGGUCAACCUCGGACUCCGCUGAUCUAGACCUGCCCGGUAUCGACUACGUCUGCGGUCUCGGUUCUCGCGGAUAUCUUUGUUCGCAUAUUAUACACAAAGACCAUCUGCCCAACGUUAUCUAUGCCCACGGACACGAGAACGAAGUCGAUUCCGACACUAUCUCCUACGUCACCCAUUUCUUGCGCAUGUCAAACGGACAUGUCCUGAACCCGGUCUGA